AGGCCUACAUCUUCCCUGCCAUGGCCAUCUUCAAGGCGGAGGAGGCCAGCGAGGAGGCUGCGGCCAUGCUCAACAACAUGCGCGUCUACGGCACCUGCGUGCUGACCUGCAUGGCCACCGUGGUCUUCGUCGGCGUCAAGUACGUCAACAAGUUUGCCCUGGUGUUCCUGGGCUGCGUCAUCCUCUCCAUCCUGGCCAUCUACGCUGGGGUCAUCAAGUCCGCCAUCGACCCCCCCAGCUUCCCGAUCUGUCUGCUGGGGAACCGCACGCUGGUGCGCCGCGGCUUCGACGUCUGUGCCAAGCUGGUGCUGGAGGGCAACGAGACGGUGGGCUCCAAGCUGUGGGAGCUGUUCUGCCACCUGCGACGAGUACUUCGUCCGCAACAACGUCAGCGAGAUCCAGGGCAUCCCGGGCGCCGCCAGCGGGCUCAUCAGAG